ACAAUACUGCAAAGUCGAAUCAGCAUUGAAAUCUCCGCCAAGCAAUUUCAUAUUUAUAUGCAUUUGGGAGUUACAGACUGAUAAUACUCCUCACAGUUCACUGCUGCAUCUGCACUUGCAAAAGGGAUUUCUCAAUUCGCCAUGGGUUUGAAGGAGGACUUUGAGGAGCACGCUGAGAAGGCGAAGACCUUGCCUGAGUCGACCACCAACGAGAACAAACUCAUCCUGUAUGGACUUUACAAGCAAGCCACAGUUGGAGAUUGCAACACAAGCCGUCCCGGUAUCUUCAACAUGAGGGACAGAGCAAAGUGGGAUGCUUGGAAGGCUGUUGAAGGAAAGUCAAAGGAGGAAGCCAUGGGUGAUUACAUCACCAAGGUGAAGCAGUUGCUGGAAGAAGCUUCUUCAGCUGCGGCUUAGAGCUAAUUUUUAUUGAGAUCGAGAAAAUACAGGAAUGUGUUACCAUGAUUGAAUCAAAAUUGCAUUUCUGAAAUGCUUCAAUAAUUUGUACUAUGUUUUAUAUUUAUGCUUAUGGUGUUUUUGUGUGGCCUGUGGUGACAACAGGCAACCCUUUUCCUGUCAGUCUGUUUGCAAAUCCAACUCUGCUGAUGACUGCUUUUUAAGGUAUCCUUCGUUUUGGACC